AUGGAGCCGGCUUCGCUGACCAUAGAGCAGCUCUCACAGCUGGUGGUUUCCAAUGCUCCACCGUCACAGCUCUUUGAGGCCCUGUCGCGAUAUGAGCUUCAAGCAUGUAUCAUUUCUACCGGAGUUGGCAGUCACAACACAAGCAGUAGUGACUCUACACUAUUGAGCCUGUUCUACUCAAGCUUCUUUCUUGUGCAUCUUCUUACCGACCAAGUCUCUGAAGCUCGCGCCUUAACGAAACGAAUUCCCGAAGCCCUGCUGCAACAGGAUCCUUCUUUACAGAACUGCUUGACUUUACUGCGUGCGGUAUGGCAGACUGAACACGGCCAGGUCUACCAGGUACUCCGAGGGCUACCAUGGCCAGAAGUUUUGCAGCCGCUGGUUCAGAGAUAUGAAAGUUUCUUCCAAGACAAGACCUUGAUCGCAGUGAGCAGGUCCUACGAAGCCAUACGACUUGCUACAGCGGCAACCUACCUUGGUCUUAACGAAGAACUCGCCAAACAGGAAGAUUCAAACAUAAUAUCAAAUUUCACGAAAUGUGGAUGGACUUGGGAUCUGGAAUCAAAGCUGCUGCAUCCCAAACCUAUCGUCGUAUCGCCCGCGGAGCCUCAGUCCUCUAACGGGAUUCGCAAGGCAAUGGCGAUGCUGGGAACGCGUGCGGCUUAA